UAGAGGCUGCGCAGUAAAACCUAGCCAUCACCAAAAAAGUGCUUUUUAUUUGCCUUCACUGGUCUCCGUUCAGAACAACGGGAUCUGUUGAUCCAGUUCUUUAACUGUCUAUGGAUGGUGACGAUGGGGCCUUUCACUUAAAAAACAAAAACGCAUAUCACGUUUCCGGUUUAGCUGGUCCGUCAGACAAAUUACUCCGUAAGCAAAUGUAGGACAAGGAAAUGGGGUAAUGGCAACAAUGUUUGAGGAAAAUGGUCCUUCGACUCAUGACCAGUGUGAUGUGUCCUCGGCGUCCCAGGCCCGGCUUAAACUAGAGGGGCUCCUGAACAAGAACAUGAGGAUCCGCAUGACAGACGGACGGACGCUGGUGGGGCUUUUUCUUUGCACGGACCGAGACUGCAACGUUAUCCUCGGAUCAGCUCAGGAAUUCCUCAAAUCCACAGACAUGUUCUCCCAGGGUGAACCCAGAGUCCUGGGCCUGGCCAUGAUCCCCGGUCACCACGUGGUGUCCAUUGAAGUGGAGGCAGACAGUCUGGAAGACACACAAGGAUUUGGAGCUAACCACUGAUGAAGCCCCUUCCUGGUUGGAUGACACUCGGCGUGUCUGUCUCUCAGUGAGCAAACUGUAUGGCUGAGCUCAAACGAGAAUGGACAUCUUCAUUGGAGGACUGUUUUCAGUCACUUCACCCCAACAGAUGCAGAUACACAACUCCUGUGUCAAUAUUCUGGAUUUAGCCAUUCCCUCUAUGCUUGAAGAUGUAUCCAUUUGCAGCAGUAGCUGUGCAGUACAGCAUGUGUGUAAAUUGCCUGAGUGUGCAGUGUGUUCAUGAGGUGUGGGCAGACAGCUGCUACCUGGAUGUGUGUG